UUUCACUUAUUAACUUCUGAGGUAAAAAAAUUGAAAGAAUGAGUGAACUGGAACAAUUGAGGCAGGAAGCUGAACAACUGCGGAAUCAGAUCCAGGAUGCUAGAAAAGCGUGUAAUGAUGCAACACUUGUUCAGAUCACAUCAAAUAUGGAUUCCGUGGGCCGAAUACAAAUGCGAACGAGACGUACACUGAGGGGUCACCUAGCCAAAAUCUAUGCCAUGCACUGGGGAUAUGAUUCAAGGCUACUAGUCAGUGCUUCCCAAGAUGGAAAAUUAAUUAUUUGGGAUAGCUAUACAACAAAUAAGAUGCAUGCUAUUCCUUUGCGGUCCUCCUGGGUGAUGACCUGUGCUUAUGCUCCUUCUGGUAAUUACGUUGCUUGUGGAGGACUGGACAACAUCUGCUCCAUAUAUAACUUAAAAACCAGAGAAGGAAAUGUGAGAGUGAGCCGAGAGUUACCAGGUCACACGGGCUACUUGUCCUGCUGCCGUUUUUUAGAUGACAGCCAAAUUGUUACAAGUUCAGGAGAUACAACUUGUGCUUUGUGGGACAUCGAAACUGCCCAGCAGACCACCAUGUUCACUGGGCAUUCUGGAGAUGUCAUGAGUCUUUCUCUGAGUCCCGACAUGAGGACUUUUGUCUCUGGUGCUUGUGAUGCCUCUUCCAAGUUAUGGGACAUUCGAGAUGGAAUGUGUAGACAGUCUUUCACUGGACACGUAUCGGAUAUUAAUGCUGUCAGUUUUUUCCCAAACGGAUAUGCCUUUGCCACUGGCUCUGAUGAUGCCACUUGCCGGCUCUUCGACCUCCGUGCAGACCAAGAGUUGUUAUUGUAUUCUCACGACAAUAUCAUCUGUGGAAUCACUUCCGUAGCCUUCUCCAAGAGCGGGCGCCUCCUGUUAGCUGGUUAUGAUGACUUUAAUUGUAACGUAUGGGACACGCUAAAAGGAGACCGUGCAGGUGUCCUUGCUGGUCAUGACAACCGUGUCAGCUGUUUAGGUGUAACUGAUGAUGGCAUGGCUGUAGCAACAGGCUCUUGGGACAGUUUUCUUAGAAUCUGGAAUUAACAAUGCAUACGAAGUUUCUCUUCUCCGUCGGUAUCUGGAGAAAUCAGUGCUACAGCCUAUAGCUGUGAAAAAAAUUCUACCUUAUAUUUGCAGGUGAAGAUUUUUCUAUUGAGAUUAUUAUACACAAAAAGCAGCUUUCAGUAAACUACAAAACACACAAAAAAAGGUGGAAAAAACAAGGCAAAGGUGCUUGCUGAGAUCAAAAGGACCAGGGUGUUAAUUUGAGCAGUCGAGCUGAUUUAACCUGAUGAAUUUUUGCUUGUACUCAGUCUAAUUCUUUAUUUUCUUUGUGUAGAACAGAAUAUACACAUUAUAGCAGCCUCUAUCAUGUUUGAUUGUUUGCAUUUUUUAAGAACUACAUUUUUAACUUUGUAUGCGUAAGAAAUGUCACAUUUUUGAGCUUUGUAAUGGAGGAACCAAGCACAGUAACAGGUGGAAGUGAUAUCAUACGCGUGUGUGAUGUUAAGCAAGUCUCCUUGAAUUCUGACCUUCCUUUUUAGUUGAAAAGAGAUCCUGGUUGCUUAGUGUUUAAGAAUGCUGACAGGCCUCGGUACCUCUGAGGGGAGUCCUUUUGAAUGUUAUUAGUUUCUGGUGCAUCCUUUGCCAUCUUAACAAUUUAAAUAAAUGCUCUUUUUCAGUUCUUUGAGGGGGAGAUAAUCUGAAGGCCAGGGAAUAAAGAUUUCACUCUGAAAUUUUAGACAUACAUAAGAAAAAAUUAUAUUAAUAAUGGGUAGAUAGCAGUAAUUGCGUAUAAACAGUUCUCGACAUUUUAAAAAGCUGGUUAUGAUCAAAUGACACUUUGAGUAACCCUCUAAAUAGUUGGCCUUUCCUAUUGAUUUCAUAUUCUAGCACUGAGUUUGUAGAGUGCACUCAUUAUUUCAGAGAUUGAGAACAUUUGGAUGGUCCUUGUGUCUAAAGAAUUUUUCCCAGUGUUCCCCGUCAGUAUGCAUCUAGAUAGGAAAUGUGACGGUGUUACGUUUAUGAAAGAAGUGUAAAAUCUAACCAUUUACUAGACCUGAUUAGUUAUAAUUGUAACAAGG